AGACACUGCCGCGCGCCUGCACAGACAGCGGCCUGAAUACCGAGGAUGAGCGCGGGACGGCGGUGGUACGCGCGAGAGCUUGGCCGGGCCACGUAGCGGGGCUGAAGACACCGGUGCGCAGGUAGCUCCGCAGCUCAUACCGGACAUCAACAAAUACUCUGCCACACAUUUGCACAAAAAAACAUCAUUGGCAUCGCUCUUUCUAAAUGCACAUACGCGAAUUUAGAGGGAGAGCGAGCGAAGAAAGUGCGCGUGCAACCCUGAAUCUGUGCAACUCUGAUUGCACGAACGCGAGAGGGAGGUCGCUCUCGACGGAGGUAAUGCACUGUAAAUGGCUCUUCAAGCAAUACACAGAAGUCCCUACAGCAGUUCCAUGUCUGGCAUUCAGCUCGUCUUUACCUGCUCCGCAGUUUGAAGACGCUGGCCCUCUGCAUGGCGGCAGCCUUCAGAUAAACUGAAUCUGGGCUCGGCCGACAACUCGCAUACAGACUUGAGAGGAAUUUAUCUCCAAAUGUUCAGCAUCAAAGACACGGAGACUUUGAUUUUGAAGUUAGAUUUUUAAGCAUAUGGAGCAAAACUUGCAACGGAUUGUAUGUCUUUCCGACUGCAUUUCCUACCUUGGACAGCAUGGAUGCUCUUUUUGAAUCAGGUUGAAUAUCAUUCGCCUCAUCCCCUCCUUCCUGUUUCUUCAGUAGAAGGAGGGUGGGGGAUUGGUGUGGCGUCCCCUGCCCCUCCUUGUAGAGUAGGCUAGUCUACUUUGGCACCAUAGCAGUUACUCUUUUUCCCAACCAACUCCAUCCCUCGAUUCCCUCUUCAUGAAAUCCUGCAAGAGCCUGAGGGAAGAGGUUUCUGUGCCUAGCCUUGGCGGGAUGUCCCAGGAGGAAGGACGCAGGGCUCCGGUGUCCCAGUCCUAUUUCCACUCUGCUAACCCAGAUCUGGACCUGGCAGGCAAGCUGUAUAAACGGGAAGUUGGUGGUAAGCCGUAUUCUGUGUUAGUGGACAAUAAAAUGGCAGCCAAGACAUCCAUGGGAGAUCAGAACAUUGGUCAGAUGCCCACUCAACAUUUGACGUCACAGCACCAUCAGCAGUAUUUCAGAGAAGGAGGAGUGGGGCAGGAGGUGGGGACGCAUGGGUCCCAGGCUGCCAACGACGGCACCUCUGACGACACUGAAGAUGAAGACGACGACGACGAUGAGGAGGAAGAAGAGGAUGACGAUGGGGAGGAGGAGGAGGAGAGCUUCAAGCGUGAGCAGAUCAUUGUUGAGGUUAACCUGAACAACCAGACACUUCAUGUAUCCAAGGGGGACAACAAAACUGGAACCACGGCGGAUGACUCUGAAAGAGCUAACAGCGAUGAGGAUGAUGAGGAGGAGGAGGAGGAAGAGGAGGAGGAGGACGACGACGACAGCUUUGAUGAAGAUGAUGAAGAUGAUGAAGACGAAGAGGAGAUUGCGAGUCGAAGAACGAGGUCAAAGAGGGCCCGUCGUGGUGCUAGUAGCACGGAAGCUUCCAGCCAGCCACGGAGGAAAAGCCUCAGAACCGCUCUGAGCACAGCCGCAGCUGGAAUGACCACCAGGGGCCGACGGAAGCGCAUGGAGCCCCCAAAGAACAAGCGCAGGUCGGCCAGAUCAGCCCCAUCUUCUGCCGGUUCCAUGACGACGGGAGGGAAAGCGGAGGAGAAGGAGAUGCUGGCGUGUGAAAAGUGCCCCCGAGUAUUUAACACACGCUGGUACCUGGAGAAGCACAUGAAUGUCACUCACAGGCGAAUGCAGAUUUGCGACAAGUGUGGCAAAAAGUUUGUCCUGGAGAGUGAGCUGGCCUUACACCAACAGACUGACUGUGAGAAGAACAUCCAGUGUGUCUCCUGCAACAAGUCUUUUAAGAAGCUGUGGUCACUGCAUGAGCACAUUAAGAUUGUACACGGCUAUGCAGAAAAGAAGUUCUCAUGUGAAAUCUGUGAGAAGAAGUUCUACACUAUGGCUCACGUGCGAAAGCACAUGGUUGCUCACACAAAGGACAUGCCAUUUACCUGUGAGACAUGUGGGAAGUCGUUUAAACGCAGCAUGUCUUUAAAAGUUCACUCACUCCAGCAUUCUGGAGAGAAACCUUUCCGUUGUGAGAACUGUGACGAGCGGUUCCAAUAUAAGUACCAGCUGCGCUCCCACAUGAGCAUUCACAUCGGACACAAGCAGUUCAUGUGCCAAUGGUGUGGCAAAGACUUCAACAUGAAACAGUAUUUUGAUGAGCACAUGAAAACACACACAGGAGAGAAGCCUUUCAUUUGCGAGAUCUGUGGGAAGAGCUUCACCAGCCGGCCCAACAUGAAGCGCCACCGCCGGACUCACACCGGGGAGAAGCCCUACCCCUGCGAGGUGUGCGGCCAGCGCUUCCGCUUCUCCAACAUGCUCAAAGCACACAAAGAGAAGUGUUUCCGGGUCACCAGCCCUGUGGUCCUGCAGACCAGCGGCCCGCCUGUGCGCAUCUUUGCCAACACCUUCUCAUCCUCUUCCUCCAUCUCUGGUCCCAGUCCCUCAGCUGCCACCACGGCCACCACCUCAGCACCCAUGGGCCUCAACCCAACAGGAGGGCCCAUGCCUCCACGAGGCCCUGUGGGACACGCGUUCUCCCACGUACAGCUUCAUUCAAACCCCUCUCACCAUCAUCCCCACCCUCCGACAACCCAGCAACACCUCUCAAACAGCCCCCAACAUGCCCCACCUCACCCCCACCACCACCACCUGGCAGUGCCCCCAGUCUCCCAUCUACCCCCACCCCCGGCCCUGUUCAAGAGCGAGCCCUUAAACCACUGUGGGCAUGAAGACAGCAGCUACCUGCACCACAUGGCUCCCCCCGACAAGGGCCCCGGAGCCCCACAGCACCACUGAACUGGGCUCCAGCUCUGUGGGCCCACACCAAACCGCGCCUUGUUCCUCCUCGUCUCAUAGUCCUGCCUCAGUCUCUCAGUGCCCCAAACAAAGGGUGCUCCUCUCAAAAUGAUUUCAAUAAGUAAAUCUACACAUGCACACCAGUGUAUGUAAUUCAGACUUAUACACCCUCACACAUUAUUUAAGUAAGACUUGAAUAACCUGGUCAACUGACAAAGCUUUUUCAACCUCUAAGAAAUAUUUCUUUAACAUUUUCUUAGGAAAUCUACACAGAAGGAUUUCCGUGCGAGUUCUCUAUUUGUACAUUGAUGGGCGUCUCCUUUUCAUCAAAAGGUCGACGUACGUAUUACCUGAGCUCCAUGGAUCAUCAAGGAUCAGUGUCAUUUAACGUUCCUCCUAAUGUUGACUCAUAAUGGCUCAUUGAUCAGGAGCCUCCGGGCACUCCCUCCCCAUGGCAAUACUCAACCUGUCCUACUAGUUGAACUGUAGAGCAAUAUUUGAUGAAUGUUAUCUUUCUGUCGGCGGGGAAACAGCAGUAGUGCAAGAAACAGUGCCAUAGGCUAAAGUAAGAAGGGGGGAGGAAUUUUUGUAGGGCAUGUUGGAAUACAGGUUUUGUAUACGGUUAGUUGAAUCUAGACAAAUUCUGAGAUUCACGUUAUGGUUAAAUGGUGCUUUCCAUUCCAGUGCAUACAGUGUUUCGCAAUUUUGCUUUUCCAUUUGAUUUUCAGAAGUUCAAUAUUACAAAAAUAACAAUGUAUUGUGUCGGCCUUGCAUUUCUACAAUGGUUGUGAGGUUUGACUGGAAAUGUUGUGAUCAAGAAACUCGAAUUAUGCAGGACACGCACCCUCACACUUACUGAAGCACACACUCGAAAGACAAAGACCGUAUGGCCACUGAUUUACUUGCUGUGUUCAGUGCAACCUCAGAACUGUUGGUCAACAGAAGCUUUUAGAUAACAGAUGACUGUCAAAUACUGCCACUGUGAGGGGCCAGACACAUGGCCCCAUCAGGAUUUACCCCACUUCCCUUCGCUGCUGUCGAAAUGAUACGGGUUAUCAUGUGAAAGGUCAUUUGACACACACAGUAUACACACACCUGGGAUCCUUUUCCAUCACCGUUCUUAACAGGCAAUUAUGCAUAUUCCUCUCGGCCUAUAUUCCACAGUGUGGGGAGUUGUUGUAAUGUAAAGGUUUGCUUUCUGACUUCGUACUGAUUAAUCCUCACAGGCAAACGCGUGUGUCUAAACCUGUUGAAUGUUGCCUUCGCAGAAUGAUGGUUGUUGACUCAUCUAUGUUGUUGUUUUUAUAUUCUCUGAUAACUCGCUCAGUUUUAAGCUAAUGUAGAUAUACUGUUGUUUUAGCACAUGAUAGGAAAUGUCAGGAUAAAAGGCAGUGGACAUACAACUUCUAAUAUUUGGAAUCCUUGUAUAGAUAAGCAUACAUGUUAUCAAUUCAGCGGCAGAAAUUACAUUUAUUGAUGUAAUAGCCGACGGUGUGAAUGUUAUUUGUUUAAAAUAAGCAUAAAGGGUUGACCAGUUUGCCAUGAAUUUGAGUUGCAUGGCCGGUGGCCCUUCACCCAGUCUGACGGCGAUCAGAUGCGUGUCUGUCGGAGCAACAUGGAGCUUUGUGCGUGUGUGUUUGUGAGCGAGCGUGUGUGUGUGUGUGUGUGUGUGUGUGUGUGCAUGCAUUUUCUCUACCAGUCUGCCGGUCUGGUUGUCCCCAGUGCUCUUCUACCAAAAGCUGCUUUGACACAGUGUGCCCCAAUAUAUAUUUGUGUGUGUUUUGGGGAUAUCUGAGACGGAUGAUGGCAGUACUUUUAACAUGAGCCUCUUUCUACCACUCUCACUGUAUUCAGUCUGAAAUGGUUACGCUCGGUAGUUUAGGAAGUCCCUUUUUGAUUUGAGACCUGCAAUUAUCCUGCCAUUUCUAUGGGUCUUAAUACGGCUGUAUUAUUUGCUUAUCAUCCUGUCCCCUCGGGUUCACUGUUGUGCUUCAGCAUUUUUUGCAGUAUGGAUCUUUGUCUUGUUUUAGUUUUUUUUUUUUGCCUUUUCGUUUGUGUGUAUUCUCUGCACUUUACUGCUGCGUGGGUGAGGCACAGGGAAGGGAGGGACUGACGAUGCAUUGUGGAACAGAGUGCAGUUGUGGCUGCAUGAAUAAGGGUGGAGGUGAUUAUUUUGAGUGGAUGUUUUUAGGCAAGGAAAGGAGGAGAAUCCCGGGUGGAGGUGGUUGGUGUGGAAGGGGCCAUAGCGAACGAAGGACCUUUUAGUAUGCGCACACAUUUAAGUUCCCAUUACUUUUUCUUCAAAGAAAUACAGUUUUGCUCCAAUAUGGACCUCCCCUCAAAGUGAAAGCGACUUUCCUCCUGCUUUGGUGACUUUACACUAGCCCCUCCAAGCUAUGGCUGAUAUUCAUUCUUUUGUUAUGUUUGUUUAUGGAGUUUCUUUCCACCAUGUUUUGUCUUUCAAUUGGUCAAUCGAUUCUCCUCCUCCUUUCUUUGUUUUAUAGAAUGCACUUUCUACUAAAAUUCCUGGCUAGUUAAGAAAAAAUAACAUUGUAUAUUCUUUAAAGAUGUUUAAAAAAAAAAAAUCAAUAUACCUUUUCCCCUUUGUAUUUUUAACCACUUAAUGUAGCAUUGCGUAUUUUAUUAUUGUAUCUGGUACAAAAUGUGCAGCUUUAUAAUGUCCUGGUUUGUCCUUUUUUGUAUGUUAUCUGGAGAUUGAGGAGAAGUGAAAAAGUUGGGCCUUUUUUGAUAAUGUACAUUUAACUGACUGCUAACUUUGAGAAGUAAAAACAAGUAGCCAUGAU